ACUUCACGACCAAAUCUCGCUGGAAAAUUCAAAACCUUGCGUGUUCAUACCCAUUCUCCCCUCAUCAAAAUCGACUUGGGCUGAAAUUUUGUGGAGAUUUGGGGUAAUUUUUUCCGGUCAAAGACGUCGGCGGCGUGUCGCUGACGAGCUUCCGACGAAACUCCUACGACCCCACUCUGGUCUGUUUUUCGACCAUUUUUUGCCUUCCUCGCCCGCACCUCACUUCCUACUUUUUCCCACUUGCGUCUCAAGGUUGGUUUUUCAGCUCUAUCUAUUAAUUUGUGGAGAAUCAGAUUAGGUAGUGAAGUGAGGAUGAUUUUUGUGCAUUGCAUGUUGAACCUAGAUGUAAGGCAAGGAAUUAGGUGAAUUAGUCGAUUGAAUGGUGGAAUAAUUUUGCAUGAGCUUAGUUGAGCUUUGGUGGGCGUGUUUGAACCGAAUUGUCUUUAUUUUUAGAAUUUUCCCAUCAAGUGCUAUGUUGUGAAUGCAUGUGAACCGUGAAAUACCCACAACUAUGCCACGGUGUGCUUAAGCUUAAAUGUUUGAUAUCCAUGGUGGAAAAAUAAGUAUGUGGGGAUCACUUUUCCUCCCAAUGAGAAAUACUUGAUAAUUGUUUCCACGUAUGGUGUAUGUUUGUCAGUUUGUGCAGGAUGGUUAACAUGGACCACCAUACCUUGUGGCGCUAAGGGGCCGACCCUGAAAUGGAAAAAGAGGUGUGUUUUUGGGCAUCUUCGAGAGCCGGUAACCAUUGGAAACUCGACUUUGCCCAGUUCGACAGACUUCAUUGCGGUGAUGUUAUGAGGGAGGCAUGGUGCACCCACAAUGGCGCCAAGUCCUUGAUCUUGAAGAUGACAUUUACGGGGAGCUAUGCGUCGCGUUUUUCAACACCUUCACCAUCCGCAAGACCCAAUGCCUACUUGGUCAUCCAGUAUGUCGGGUCGAGUUAUGGUUGGGAGGGGAAGGAUGCAAUUUGAGCUAUGACGAGUUAGCCAUAGCCCUCGGAGUGGAAGCCAAACAUGAGGAUGAUUGGGAGGAAGCCGCCAUCCGAAGUUUCGACGUGAAUGCCGCAUUUUUUAAGUUUUGCCUUCCAAAGUACAGAAGGACAAAGUUUAAGUCGGCCCUCACAACGGCAUCCACACUCCAUCUCUAGUGGCAUGUCAUCAUUGCAUUCCUGGCUCGUUCCCUCUACCCGGCUUACCACAACCUGAACAAGAUAACCGGGAGAAUCUUAUUGGCUUGUUCUUGCAUGGUGGACCUAUCUAGCACUCUGCACCUGGGUUCAGUUAUACCACUUCUUUUGUAGGGACAAUGGGGGAAACCGUCGCUAUGUCACAUAGAUGGGUCCCUACAUCACCCGCCUUGCUCGACACUUCAAUGUCAGUCUUGCAGGGUGCUCGAAAGAAGGGCUCACCUAGAGAUUUGACGAGGGCACUCUACACUCCAUGCGCUUAUUGCGCACCUUUGGACCAAUGCGGUACAUCGAGGGAUUGAGUCCUGACCCCGAGGUCCCACCCCCAGCAGAGCAGCCCGCUGCUCGAGCACCCGGCCGCUGCCGGGGUCCAGCGCUCCAGCGCCCAACACAGCCACCACCACCAGCAGUAGGUGAUCCCCUCGUCUAGAGGGUGGAUCUCCUAGAGACAAACUUUGUGGGAUUCUCUUCUCGCCUCGAUCGGCAGACUAAUCUCCUCAAAAAUAUCCUACCCCGGAUUCGAUUCCAACUUUCACUCACCAAGCCCAAGCGGUAACAUCAUUCUAUUUCUUUCUUGCGCCAUUGUGGGCAAUGUCAAGUUUAAGUCUGUGUGGGGGGGGGGGGGUAGUUUACUAUUAUGCUUGUGUGAGUGUGAUUGAUGCUUGGAGCCUUAUGUAUGCCCAAAUUUACUAUUAUGCUUGUGUGAGUGUGAUUGAUGCUUGGAGCCUUAUGUAUGCCCAAAUUUCAAAAUUUGAGGGCUCCAAGUAAUGUUUGCAUGAUCAAAGUGACCGGUGUGUUGGAAAAUCUCGUGUUGAUCUUGAAGUGUUGCAUGUGAUCGAGUAUAUCCUAUGAUGAUGACUGAGAAGUCCAUUAAGAUAGGGCAAAAGUUUAGUUCUCGUGUGUGCAUAAAUGAAUGGAUGUCUUGACU